AUGGGACACAACACUAAUUGUUGCAUUAUGUUCAAUAACAGUCUUGUCUUGAACAUAGGUGCUCCUGAGAUCCCUUGCCUGACUGUUUCAGGCAAAAUAAGAGCAUGCAUAACUUUCCUGUUGUUUUUUGUUUCUGCCAUUUUAAAUGGGUCUUUUCUGUUAAAGCUACAGCGAAGGCAAGCGAAACAUGGAAAGAAAUCAUCAAAAAUGAAAAUCCUUCUGAAGAAUUUGAUGCUGGCCAACAUGUUGGAGACCCUGGUGAUCAUGCCCUUGGAUGGGGCCUGGAACCUUACAAUUCAAUGGCAUGCUGGGAACGUCCUCUGCAAGGUUCUCAGUUUCUUCAAACUCUUUUCCAUGUACGCUGCUGCGUUCAUUGUGGUUGUCAUCAGCCUCGAUCGCUGCAUAGCCGUUACUUUGCCUCUGUCUAUGAAGAAAAAUUCUAGUCUUGGAAAGUACAUGUUGUGUUUGGUCUGGAUUCUUAGCAUGCUCUUUGCGGUACCACAGUUAUUUAUUUUCAGGGUGAUAUCCAUCGAUGAUGCCGCAAGUGUAGGAGGAUCCUUUUCGCAGUGUGUCACGCAUGGAAGCUUCCCAAAAUGGUGGCAACAGACUGUAUACAACUUGUUCACUUUUGGCUGCCUUUUUAUUAUUCCUCUAGUCCUCAUGCUGGUAUGCAACACCAUCAUUAUUCUCACAAUGACACAAGUGUUACAGCACGACAAUAAAAAGCUGGAACUGAAUCGCACAAAGAACAACAUUCCUCAGGCUCGUCUUAAAACCUUAAAAAUGACUGUAGCUUUUGCAACUUUGUUCAUCGUUUGUUGGACUCCGUACUACGUCCUGGGUAUUUGGUACUGGUUUGAGCCAGAGAUGAUGAGCAGAGUGUCAGAGCCUGUCAACCAUUUCCUCUACCUAUUUGGUUUGUUGAACCCUUGCUUGGAUCCAUUAAUAUAUGGUUAUUUCUCCUUAUGA